UCAAAAGUCACGACAUUUAAAAAGAUUAGUUCAAGAAAGAUAUACAUUUAUUUGAAAAAUAUUCAUUUUGGAUAGUGAAAAAAUUGUUAAAAAUUUGAAAAAGGAAAUAUCUUAUCUCAUUGGGGAAAAUAUAAAUACAGCUUUUCUUUACUUUUUGCAAUCAGUUCACUUUGAGCUUUGUUGACAGAAAGUUGACAUUUGAUUUAAAGAAACUAAAAAACCUUAACUUAAAAAAUGAAAGCAGUGAAAAUUUAUUUUCUAUGCUACUUAUUAAAAGUAGUUGUCGCUGUACCCGACUUUGGAAACCUUCCAUCAUUUGAUGAUCUGUUGAGGAAAUCAAUAAUUGACGAUCAAGACAUUUGUUCUAACGUUACAUCAUAUGCUUGCAUUUCACGAGAAAGAAAUGGUGUCAUCUCAAAAAAAAAUUAUUUAAAUAUAGCACAAUCAUUUAUUCGAAAGACUGCAAUCGAUAUUUUGAAACUGCAUUCAGAGUUUGAAAAAAUAUUUACCUUUUUGCCUGAAGAAGUUAGAACAGAAAGCAGUUCUGAUCUUGAUAGGGAAUCAACUUGGUUCAGUGCGUGCAUGGGACAAGAUGAAUCCGCUGAAAAUAGUUUGCAUACUUUGAAGACAACAAUGGAGCAAGCUGGAAGCCUUCAAGAUAUUGAAAAUAAUGAUGAUUCAAUGCCAUGGGAAUCUGUUGCCCAAAUCUAUGCCAAAAAUUUUGGAUUUAGUCCAUUUUUUGAAGUAAUACUUUAUGGCGAUAAUUCAAUAGCGAUUACAAGGCCAAACUCAAUGAAAAUUAAAAGUUACUCUAAGAACGCAUUACAUUCAAUAAUAGAGAAAUUUUUUUCCGAAUUUUCAAAUGGAAUAUUUGCAAGUGUAAUAAGAAACAGUUUGCACGCAGCAGCUAAUGCAUUUUCAAUUCUUUUAAAUGGUCGUACUGUUGAAUUUCAAUUGAUGAAUGCUGAAGAAUUUUCAGAAGUAAUCGAUGAUGCAACUGAUAAUGUUUUCGAUUGGUUUGGACACUUUGAAGAUAUUGGAUUUAAAGUAAAUGCUUAUGAUCACUUUUAUUUUGAUACAGAUUAUUUUGUAAACUUAGGAUCACUUUUAGUUGCACUCAGUAAUAAUUGUGCGAUCGCAAAUUUAAUUCACUUUCUGUAUGCAAUGAAUACGAAGGUUUUCUCUACAUGGUACAAUGGCGAAAGUGCAUUAAUAAACAAAUAUACUGAAGAGGAGUGCUUUAAACAAAUGCCAAUUAAAUCAGGAGUUAUCAGCAAAAUUAUCAGUAAUCAUUUGCCUAGUAAAUUUUCACUCAUUCAAAAAAUACUGGAAAAUAUAAUUGGAGAAUAUAAGAAGGAAAUAGACAAUAGUUGGUUGAACGACGACGAAAAAGAAGUUUUCUUGAAUCCAUUAGAAAAUUUAAAAUUAAAAAUAACUAAUUUAGAGUUGACAUCACCACACAGGAUAGAUAAUUCUUUUCCUGUUGUAAUGAAUGGUUUGAAAAAUAUUAUAAAUUUCGAAAAAAGUCAAAUGAAAUUUAAAUUACACAUAUACAAAAAAGCUCGGAAGGAAAAUAUAAUACAUGUUAAUAGAAAUGAAAAGGAUGGAGAACAUUUAGUUCCUUACGUCAAUUAUAACGUUCAGGAUAAUCUUCUAGAAAUUCCGUUGGAAGAAUUGAUCUUACCAUUAUUCGAUCCUGAAUUAACAAUAGCUUGGAAUUAUGCAUAUUUUGGAGUUGCUAUAAGCAGAGAAUUAUUCAAGUUAAACGAGAUAUUUCAUUCUGUUAAAGCUAAACACUCAGAACCUUUCAACUCCAAAAUGAAUUGCUUUAAAGUGUUACAAUAUUCAGUGAAAGAAAAUGUUAAUUUUUAUGAUCUAAUUAAUUCUUGUGUUGGAUUGAAAAUAGCUUAUAAAGCAUUUAAACAAGAAAUAGAUGUGAUUGAACAUAAACUUCACAGAAUCUUAGGAUUGCAAUAUACAACUCCAGAACAACAAUUCUUCCUCGCUUAUUCUGCUAUUUAUUGUGAAGAGACAAAUCCUCAGACAGUUGGUAUAAGCGCUUCUAAUUUAGGAAGCUUUGGAAAGGCAUUUUAUUGUAAAAUGAACAGUCAAAUGAAUCCAAUGAGAAAAUGUGAUUUCUGGGCUAAACCGAUAAAUUAUGCAAAUGUGUAAUUGUCCUACAACUUAUUUCACAUUAUCUUAAAUUUGUUUUCUAAUUUGUUUUAUUUGGAAUUAUUUAAUCAUUUAUAUUGUUGAAGCAUGAUAAAAAGAGAAAAUAGUAGAAAAUUAAUUAAUUUUCCAAAAAAAAACUCACGUUUCGGUAUCCAAGUUGACCGCGCACCAUCCUCGCAGAGUGUUUCUAAACAAUAAAUAAAUAAAUUUUGUUUAAUAGUG